UUAAAUUUUAUGAAAAAAUCUAUUUUAAUAUAUAUUUUCCAUCUGUUGUCAACGAUAUCUUCUCGAAAUUUAAUGUUCUCUCCAUAAUACACAUGAAAAAGAAAAAUUUCCUCGCCGCUAAAAAGAAAUACCCGUUGCUGUAGAAAGGAUGAGUGAGACCUUAAGAAAGUCAU